GCCUGCUUCUUUACGUGUUACACAAGAUGGCGGCCUGCCUAGCCCUCCGGUCCACCGUGCUCCGCAGCGCGCUGCGAGGAGCUUUCAGCCCGGGACCUCCUGCCACGGCUGUCGGCCUCAGGUGUGUUUGUAACGCCGCUCCAGAAGCGAACAAGAGGGCCACAGGUCUAACAGAGUCCACGGAGGAAUACAGGUUCGUAGAGCGGCUCAUCCCGCCGUCCCGGGUCCCCGCUCCGCCUAGACACGCCGGUCCGACCCCGUCCGGCUGGACCCCUCCGGCGGACUCCCCGCCGCCUCUGCCCUACAUGAUCCGCCGCUCCCGCAUGCACAACAUCCCGGUCUACUCCGACCUGACCCACGGCAGCCGCAGGACAACGCUCGUACGGAAGGUGGAGGGGGACAUCUGGGCUCUGGAGAAGGACGUGAAGCAAUACCUGAAGGAGCUGACGGGGAAAGAGCUGCCCACACAGGUCAACGAGGUCACCAGGACACUAAAGGUCAAAGGUCACUUCGAAACUGAGCUGAAGGAAUGGCUGGCAGGCAAAGGCUUCUGACUGGGGGGGGAUGGAGAGGACUACUGCUGGAAACAUUGUCCUACUGUAGCCUACUUUAAAACCUAUUUCAAUCCACGUGGAAGGACAGCUUCGUUUACUGCCAGUUUAUUGAAGUCAUGGGAUCAACUAGUGUACAUACGUGUAUGAAAUGUAAUCAUGGGACAUUAAAUAUAAAAGCAUAGCCCAC